ACCAAAACAUAGUAGCUCUUUUGGCUUGCUAAACCCUAGAAUUUGAACCCAAAAAGUUUUUGAAAACAAAAGAGAGGAAACCAUGGUGGCAGGGUUAAGGCUGUUCACGGAGAGGUCGGACGAUGGUUGCGCCGGUACGCCUGUUCUCGACACCGACAACGGGGAGGAGCUUAUGCACGUACAGCCAAAUGUCUCCAUUGUUCUCGGCAACCGCCCUCCUUACUCCAGUAGCACUCUCUACAUAACCACCAAGAAAGUGGUGUGGUUGAGCGAUACAGACAGGACGAAAGGCUAUGCGGUUGAUUUCUUAUCGGUGUCGCUUCAUGCGGUGUCUAGGGAUCCUGAGGCAUUCGAGUCUCCUUGCAUCUAUACUCAGCUUGACACCGGAGAUGAGGACGAUGAAUCAGAAAACUAUCAUUCAGAAUCAAACGAGACAUUGGAUUUGUCGAAGAUCAAAGAGAUGAGACUUGUGCCUUCAGAUCCUACUCAAUUGGAUACUCUUUUUCGGAUAUUCUGUGAAUGUGCAGAGUUAAAUCCUGAACCCAUUGAAGAGGAUGAACAAGAAGAAGAAGAACAUAACUGGAUUUUUAGUGCUGAUCAGUUAGAUGAUUCAGAGUGGAAUGACAUACAGAUUCCUUUCACCAUUGGUUAUUCAAAUGGAGACCAUGAUCUUGCUCAUAGUGUGCUUCAGCUUCAAAUUAAUGACCAACGAUUUGAGGAUGCUGAAGAGAUGGAGAAUUGAAAUAAAUCAUUAAUUCUUCAAUUUCAAACUCACAGUCAACACUAGAGUUAAUGAGUGUUAAAAAUUGCACAUUUUGUUUCUAUGAUAUAAUCUUGUAAUUAACAUGUUAUCGUGUCAAAAGUUAAGUUUUAUACAAACUCAACAAUUGUGUAAAUAUUACACUACGAAGUGUAAAAUGUUUAAAAAAAAA